GUAAAAAGACAAAGUACACAUCUGCGCGAAAAGGGUCAUCCCGUCCAUCGCCUCUUGUCAUCGCCGUGAUCGAAGGCGAGGGAGAAAAGGAGGACGAACAACAGCGUCCACGGCCUCCGAGCAAAGCCGUGCGUCGUCAUUGGUUGAACACGACAAUGCCCGUUUCGUUCAUAUAAUUCUCUUCGCUCCUCCACCACGUCCCUUCUCUCGAACCCACGAAGAGACUCCAUCACCCUUCAAUCCCUCCCCUAAAUAUCGAAUCGGGCCCCCCUUCAAAAAAAAAAUUACCUCGCCAUGUCUCGAACGCUUCUCACCAAGCACUACCAGCGCAUCGCGUCGCUGUGGCCUAAGGAUCCCAUGCGGCCGGACCGCGUCUUCUCCAAGGUGCUCGAGCACAGGGAGAAGCAUCUCGCCGACGCCGGCCAGGCCGAGCUGCGAAACAUCAACGCCCUCUACUCGCUGCUGGACGACCGAUACUCCAAGAAGUACCCGACGCCCAAGCACGUCCUGUCACCCCAGUCAAACCCAAACCACUACAUCGACCUGAUCGCCGAGCUGGAGAAGGCCCCGACGCGCUCCUGGUGGGACAACUUCGUCACGAACCUGAAGGGCCGGAUACGCUUCUCGUGACGGCCCCCCCGUACGAGGCGCCAUCUAAUCGGACGCGCUUGGCCUUUCUGAAGGGUGAAACAGCGAGAAACGGACGCGAUGCGUCCCGUCCUCUAAACCCUCCCCCCCUUUUUUUUUUCUUAUAUAUAUAUAUAUAUAUGUACAUAUAUACAUUUCUCACGACACUCAGGCCAGACGUCUUCGAGGGGGCCGUGCAUGGCGUCGCGGCUCUGUUUGACCGGCGGCUGGAUUCUGACGUGACGAACGCUGUACGAUACCCCCGGAAAACAAGAUGGUGAAAAAGAGGGAGACGGGACCCGGCUGGAAUGCGCGGCCGUUCGAGAGAGGCCAGGCCACAUCCAGAAUCCAGUACCCGCUGUACCAGUACUGUUUCGAAGUAAGAUAGAGGGAGAGAGAGAGAGAGAGAGAGAGAGAGAGAGAGAGAGAGAGAGAGAGAGA